AUGGCCGGUCCCAUCGCCAGAGUUGCCUCUCCCUACCCAGAUCCCAACGUCAAAGGCCCCAGCUCCCAGAUCCUGGCUCAAAGGCAAGACUCGCGCAACAUGAUUACCAACACGGUCAACAAGACUUCUCUGCACCCGGGCGGUGUCCAGCCUCACCGCGAGCACACCGAGCUUGAGGAGGCGCUUCACGAAAAGGCACACAUCGACUACGACCACGUCGCAAUUAUCCCCAAUCCUUCCGUUGCCGUCCUCUACGAAGAUGCGCUGGUGUACGAAACAGGCACAGCCAUCACCUCGAGCGGUGCCCUGACGGCCUACUCGGGCAAGAAGACGGGGAGGUCUCCCCUCGACAAGAGAAUAGUCCAGGAGCCGUCGUCUGAAAACGACGUCUGGUGGGGCCCCGUCAACAAGCCCAUGAGUCCCGAGGUCUGGAAAAUCAACCGCGAACGCGCCGUCGACUACCUCAACACGCGCAACCGCAUCUACGUCGUCGACGGCUACGCCGGCUGGGACGAGAAGUAUCGCAUCCGCGUCCGUGUCAUCUGCGCCCGCGCCUACCAUGCCCUCUUCAUGCGAAACAUGCUCAUCCGCCCUCCUCGUGAGGAGCUCGAGCACUUCCGCCCCGACUACACCAUCUACAAUGCCGGCUCCUUCCCCGCCAACCGCUACACCGAGGGCAUGACCUCGCCGACCUCGGUCGCCAUCAACUUUGCCCAGAAGGAGAUGGUCAUCCUCGGAACCGAGUAUGCCGGUGAGAUGAAGAAGGGCGUCUUCACCGUUCUCUUCUACGAGAUGCCCAUCAAGCACAACGUCCUGACCCUGCACUCGUCGGCCAACGAGGGCAAGAAUGGCGACGUCACCCUCUUCUUUGGCCUGUCGGGCACCGGCAAGACGACCCUGUCUGCCGACCCCAACCGCGCCCUCAUCGGCGACGACGAGCACUGCUGGAGCGACCGCGGCGUCUUCAACAUCGAAGGUGGCUGCUACGCCAAGUGCAUCGGUCUCUCGGCCGAGAAGGAGCCCGACAUCUUCAACGCCAUCCGCUACGGAUCCGUGCUGGAGAACGUCGUCUUCGACCCCGAGACCCGCGAGGUCGACUACGACGACUCGACUUUGACCGAGAACACACGAUGCGCUUAUCCCAUCGAGUACAUCAGCAAUGCCAAGAUCCCCUGCCUCUCGCCCAACAUGCCCUCCAACAUCAUCCUCCUCACCUGUGACGCCCGCGGCGUCCUGCCUCCCAUCUCCAAGCUGGACCGUGCGCAGACCAUGUUCCACUUCAUUUCAGGCUACACGUCCAAGAUGGCGGGCACCGAGGACGGCGUGACGGAGCCUCAGGCCACUUUCUCCUCCUGCUUCGCCCAGCCCUUCCUCGCCCUCCAUCCCAUGAGGUACGCCAAGAUGCUGGCGGACAAGAUUGAGCAGCACAAGGCCAACGCCUGGCUGCUCAACACGGGCUGGGUCGGCGCCGGCUUCGCCCACGGAGGCAAGCGCUGCCCCCUCAAGUACACGCGCGCCAUCCUCGACGCCAUCCACUCGGGCGAGCUGGCCAAGGUUCAUUACGAGACGUACGACAUCUUCAACCUGCAGGUCCCCACCACCUGCCCCAACGUCCCCGCCGAGCUGCUCAACCCCAAGAAGGCCUGGACUGCCGGCGCCGAGAGCUUCCAGAACGAGGUCGUCAAGCUCGGCAAGCUGUUCCGCGAGAACUUUACCAAGUACGAGAGCGAGGCCACCGAGGAUGUCGUCAAGGCCGGGCCUACGGCAUGA